AUGUCUCUUCCUUCCCAUUUCAGCCUCAAUACUGGAGCAAAAAUCCCGGCUGUCGGAUUCGGAACAUGGCAGGCCAAGCCAUUGGAAGUGGAAAACUCCGUGGAGGUCGCGUUGAAGCAGGGUUACCGUCAUAUUGACUGCGCUGCCAUCUAUCGCAACGAGACUGAAGUUGGCAAUGGUAUUCGCAAAUCAGGCGUGCCCCGUGAGGAAAUCUUCCUCACUGGAAAACUAUGGAACACGAAACAUGCGCCAGAAGAUGUCGAGCCUGCACUAGAUAAGACAUUGAAGGAUUUGGGUGUUGAAUACCUUGAUCUUUAUCUUAUGCACUGGCCUUGCGCCUUCAAAGCGAGUGACAAAUGGUUUCCCCUUGACGACAACGGUGUAUUCCAGCUAGCCGAUAUCGACUAUGUCACAACUUACAGAGCCAUGGAGAAACUGCUGAACACCGGCAAAGUUCGCGCCAUUGGUGUUUCAAACUUCAACGUCCGCCGACUCGAAGAUCUCUUAAGCAAGGUCUCCGUCGUCCCUGCCGCCAACCAGAUUGAAGCCCAUCCGUACCUCCAACAACCCGACCUUCUUCGCUACUGUCAAAGCAAAGGUAUUAUAAUCGAAGCAUACUCGCCGCUAGGGAACAACCAGACCGGCGAGCCGCGCACGGUCGACGAUCCCGUCGUUCAUACUGUGGCAGGCCAGCUGAGCAUGGACCCUGGCCCACUACUGGCCAGCUGGGCCGUGCAGCGUGGAACGGUUGUCUUGUCCAAGAGUGUCACGCCGUCCCGGAUUGCGGCAAACCUUCAAGUCAAGCGCUUACCUGACGACGCGUUUGCGACUCUUGCAGCCCUCGAGCGCCAUAAGCGGUUCAACUUUCCGGCUUUCUGGGGCUAUGAUAUCUUUGAUGAGGCUGGGGAAGAGGCCGUGAAGAAGGCUGCAAUGGAUGCUGCUCCUAUAAACAAGACAAAGUUUACCGUUUAG